UGUUUGUUCCCUCCAGAGUGGAACUGUAUGUGGAGUUUGCAUGCAUUAAUAUUACUCAAACACAGGCAGUGGUGUACCUUCAGUGCUGUUGCUGCAGGUACAACACAAGUAACAGAACAAUUAUUUGCUCUUACGCUGCAAAAAAGUCCAUCUUAAGUGAUUCACCCUUUUAAUUUUUAGCUUUGCAGCCUCGUUUUCCAACAAAAAUCAAGACACAGGUGCUGCUAGAGACGCGGAGGACCUCUGCUUGUUUCCAAAAGCUUUUCAGCUGCGUCCAAUAAUUUCCAAAAAACAAGUGAAAUCAAAUGGAAGCCCUGACAUGACGCUCGGCGCAGGAAAGCGCUAAUUUCUAACGGAAGCAAGCGCAGAGCCGCGCACACAUGGCGCAAAAAACAACGUUUUACACUCAACAACAACGGACAUUUUUUGCAGCGCAGAUAAAAGCCCAACAUCCCCAAACCUUUUGCAGUCGCAGCCAAUUACAAUAAUGAAGAAUAUGUGGAGUCGCCUCCCCACCCCGGUCCUGCAUCCCGCCGUACCAGCUCUGCCAUUUCUGCAAAUUAAACGGAGUGGAAAUAGAAAUAAAGAAAAAAAAUCCUUACAUGAUUGCGGCCGGCGUGGACGCGCUCCAAGUUUCUCCCCCCUUCUACACUAACGCACGCACACAUUCACGCGAAGAAAGGGGAGAAAACACACACACACACACACACUCACACACACACACACACACACAUACACACUCGGUCGCUUGUUCUUUGCUCCGCGUCGAAGCCCGACAUAGUUGGUUUCACUCAAAAAGAGAAGAGAUGGAGAAAGAGAGAGGAGAGUGAGGGAAAGAGGGGGGAGAGAGGGAGGAAAAAAAAAACUUCACGUUCAACCCAGAAGAUGCUCACGUUUGGCUCUCCUCAAUUAUCCCCUCCCGUGAAGAUAGGUGGCGUGCGUUUCAGGGGGCUUCUCCUCUGUGUUACACGGCAAAGAAAAGGAGGUGGAAAGAAAAAAAAUGUCAUUAGAAGAGGCGUAACACGUCAGUCCCUUCCCAGGUUUGUUUCCUGGAGUGGGUGUAAGACAUCAGUUGUAAACCUGCCCUAGCAGGAAUAGCGGUCCCUCCCUCCUCCCAACUAUUUCUAAGGCUUUAUUUCUAAGGCUUUAUUAUCACCGGUGGAAAAGGAUCCGCUCACCGACGCGCUCCGGUAUCAUCCUUCCUCGCAACUACUAUCCACAAGACACCUCUUUCCACCCACAGAAAACAGAUAUCAAGCUGAAAUCAAGGAAUCGAGUCCAUGCGAGCUGCCAUCUGAUCCCACACACACUUAUCAAUGAAGCAAGAGAUCAUGGCGGAUGGCCCGAGGUGUAAGAGGCGAAAACAAGCCAACCCGAGACGGAAAAACGCUCUGAACUACGAGAAUGUGGUGGAGACGGGCUCAGAGACGGAGGAGGAGGACAAGCUGCCGGUGUCCGAGGAAGACCCCCUGAUCAACGGCACGGGCAGCCCCGCCAGCCUCACCAACCCGGAGGCCUCCCCGCGGGCCGAGAGCCACGGCCUGCUGACCAAGGAGGAGGAGGACGACGAGAUGCGGGACAGCGGCGUGGAGCACAUCUGGCCCGACAACGACAUGCUGAGUGCCUCCGUCGACGGUACUGAUGAAAUAAAAGAUGAUUUCGACACCCUGGGGCCUGAUGCCACUUUGCAGGCAGUUGGAAACGGUACAGUCAAGAGCGUCGAUUGCACUUCGGAGUUCGAGGACUUCUUCGCCAAGCGGAAGCUGGACGACGGCGACAGUCACGUGGUGAGCAUCGCCGAGUACCUGCAGAGGGGCGACACCGCCAUCAUCUACCCAGAAGCCCCGGAGGAGCUGUCCCGCCUGGGCACGCCGGAGGCCACCGGUCCAGAGGAGAACGACCUGCCACCUGGAACGCCAGAUGCCUUCGCCCAACUGUUGACCUGCCCCUACUGCGACCGGGGCUACAAGCGUUUGACAUCGCUGAAGGAGCACAUCAAGUACCGCCACGAGAAGAACGAGGAGAACUUCGCCUGCCCCCUGUGCAACUACACGUUUGCUUACCGCACUCAGCUUGAGCGGCAUAUGGCCACACACAAGCCUGCGAGGGAUCAGCACCAACUGCUCAACCAAGCGGCCGGCAACCGCAAGUUCAAAUGCACCGAGUGUGGCAAGGCCUUCAAAUACAAGCACCAUCUGAAGGAACACCUCCGGAUUCAUAGCGGUGAGAAACCGUACGAGUGCCCCAACUGCAAGAAGCGCUUCUCCCACUCGGGCUCCUACAGUUCCCACAUAAGCAGCAAAAAGUGCAUUGGCCUGAUUGCUGUCAACGGCAGGAUGCGCAGCAACAUGAAGACCGGCUCCUCCCCGACCUCUGCCUCCUCCUCGCCCACUAACACCGCCAUCACCCAGCUGCGGCAGAAGCUGGAGAACGGCAAGCCGCUCGGCCUCCCCGAACACAACAACCACCUGAACAUCAAGACCGAGCCGCUCGACUUCAAUGACUAUAAGCUGAUGAUGGCGUCUCAUGGGUUUGGUGCUCCCGGACCGUUCAUGAACGGAGGCAUGGGAGGGAACAGCCCACUGGGGGUCCACCACAGCUCGGCCCAGAGCCCCUUGCAGCACCUCGGGAUGGCCGGGCUCGACUCGCAGCUCCUGUGCUACCCGGGGCCGCUGGGGAACAACCUGAGCGAGGUGCAGAAGGUUCUCCAGAUCGUGGACAACACUGUGUGCAGGCAGAAAAUGGACUGCAAGCCGGAGGAGCUCUCCAAGCUCAAGGCCUACAUGAAGGAGCUGGGGUCCCAGGUGGAGGAGCAGAAGCAGAUGAUACAAGCGGGCCCUCAGGUCGGUCUUCCACUCAAUCACAAUGGCGCCACCAAAAGCAUCAUCGACUACACGUUAGAAAAAGUGAACGAAGCCAAAGCCUGUCUCCAGAGCUUGACAACAGACUCAAAGAGGCAGAUUAGCAAUAUCAAACGAGAGAAAUCCAACCACAUGCUUGAAGGAGGUGUGGAUGAGAAGGUGCAGGAAAAUAACAUGUUUACACCUUAUGCUUGCCAAUAUUGCAAAGAAACCUUUCCCGGGCCAAUACCUUUGCAUCAGCAUGAACGCUACCUGUGUAAAAUGAACGAGGAGAUCAAAGCCGUGCUGCAGCCCAGUGAGAAUUUGAUGUCCAACAAACCAGGGAUAUUCAUGGAGAAGAACACCCACUUGUCCUCCUCCAUGUUGUCUGAGAAGGGACUCACUGGGCCCCUUAACCCUUACAGGGACCACAUGUCUGUGCUGAAGGCGUAUUUCGCCAUGAACAUGGAGCCCAACUCGGAGGAGCUGCUCAAGAUUUCCAUAGCGGUCGGCCUCCCUCAGGAAUUUGUCAAGGAGUGGUUCGAGCAGCGAAAGAUGUACCAGUACGGCACUACUAGAACCCCACCACCGCCACCGGAGCACAGGAACAACACGGACAUGGUUCUCGGAACAAAUAACCACCACACUCCACCAAAAGACUCAAUGGCAGCUAGGUCACCUGUGUCUCUAAUCAAACCUACUGACCGCAUCACGUCCCCCUCCAUAGCAGAGCUCCACAACAACGUUAACAACUGUGACAACUCGCUCAGACAUUUGAAAAACCACCAUUUCAGCGGCAGCGCCAAACCCACAGGUGAAAAGUUGGACCACUCCCGCAGCAACACCCCCUCCCCGCUAAAUCUGUCCUCUACAUCUUCCAAAAACUCCCACAGCAGCUCCUACACUCCAAACAGCUUGACUUCAGAAGACCUGCAGGCUGAGCCGCUGGACCUCUCUCUGCCGAGACUAAUGAAGGAACCCAAGCAUGCACUGACUGUCAAAAGCAGACCUAAAGUCAACAGCAUUACCAUCGACCAUAACAGCGUCCCCUCUCCUCGAGAGCACUUCGAAGAGCCUUUGAACUUGGCCUAUCUCAAGAAGGAAUUCUCAGGCUCUACCAACAACGGAAACCUUGAAAAAAGCACUAGCCCCAUCUUCGGCAUUAACCCGUUUGCCGCCAAACCCCUGUACACUUCACUUCCACCUCAGAGCGCUUUUCCACCUGCCACAUUCAUGCCCCCGAUGCAGGCCAGCAUACCAGGUCUUAGGCCCUAUCCGGGCAUGGAUCAAAUGGGCUUCCUACCACACAUGGCCUACACUUACGCAGCAGGGGCAGCUACCUUUGCCGAGAUGCAGCAGAGGAGAAAGUACCAGCGGAAACCAGGUUUCCAGGGGGACCUGCUCGACGGUACUCCAGAUUACAUGUCAGGGCUGGACGACAUGACAGACCCCGAUUCCUGUCUGUCGCGGAAGAAGAUUAAGAAGACCGAAAGUGGUAUGUACGCGUGUGACUUGUGCGACAAAACAUUCCAGAAGAGCAGUUCCCUUCUAAGACACAAAUAUGAACACACAGGCAAGAGGCCGCACCAGUGCCAGAUCUGCAAGAAAGCCUUCAAACACAAACACCAUCUCAUCGAGCACUCCAGACUGCACUCGGGGGAGAAGCCUUACCAGUGCGACAAGUGCGGGAAGAGGUUCUCCCACUCGGGCUCCUACUCGCAGCACAUGAACCACCGCUACUCCUACUGCAAGCGGGAGGCCGAGGAGCGGGAGGCGGCCGAGAGGGAGGCCCGCGAGAAGGGCCACCUGGAGCCCACGGAGCUCCUCAUGAGCCGGGCUUACUUGCAGGGCAUGACUCCUCAGGGUUACCCGGAGCUGGCCGAGCGCGAGGCCAUCCUGAGGCACGACGCCGUGAACGGAGGGAUCAGAGAGGGACGGAAGGAAGUGGAUGGAACGUACGCGAAGAUCGGACGCAGGGACGACGAGUUCGAGGAGGAGGAGGAGGAGAGCAAGAGCAUGGACACGGACCCGGACACGUUGAGGGACGAGGAGGAGAACGGAGAGCACUCGAUGGACGAUAGCUCGCUGGAUGGCAAAACGGAAACCAAAUCGGAUCACGAGGACGCGAUGGAGGACGGCAUGUAAUCGGCGACGGCGUUUCAGAAGCUUCCCAUCUUAAGAUUUUUAAGUUUCUCUCUUUCGGUUCAGUAUUCUUACCUGCUCGGUUUAAAACACCGUGUUUUAAGCCGUACGUGCACGUGCCUGAAGCUUCCGGGAAGCUUUCUUUGACAGACUCCUCGGGGGGGAACGAUGUCUGCCGAACAAGACAUGGACUCAAAAAUCAAUCUGGAGGAGGCGUUGAGGGAAGGGAGGCAUGGGUUUGUGAAAUAAGCUGCAUUAUGCAAACCGAACAAUGAAUAAAUGAAUACAUUUCAAAAAAUGUACAGUACUAAGGCCUAAAAAUAUGUGUGGUGCUAACCUCCUCAAAUAAACCCCCUGUGUUCCAUAGUAUUUAUAGCACAACUAGUGACUUGUACAAAAUUGCACUCCGCUUCUAUAAUCAUGAACAAAAAUAAUAAAAAGUAUUGCCUAUGUAUAUAUUUAUACAGUGUUGGAAAAAGAGCAGUAGUGUCUGCACUACAGUCCUUCGAUAUUACAUUUGUUAUCACCUACCUACCUACGGUGUCGUCUUUAGUUUGCCAUGUUGCCCGGCCACAAACAUCUCCAGCCACACUAUUUUAGGCCUCUUGAAUCAACUUCAAAUGAAGGAAUUUAAACAAAAGACUGUAUGAAGGAGCUUAGAGGAUUUUUUUAAGAGGAUGAAGUUUUAAGGAGACCUUCAUUUUAAGGGAAAAUACAGUUUAUGGACAGAUGGUAUGGGGGAAAAAAAAUGAAGGACGAAGCCUUUGUAAGGUGUUUUUGAUAAGAAAAAAGAAGCCUUAUAUGCAAACCUUUUAACCUGUGUGUUUUCUGCAAGUGCCACCCUCGUAUUGUGUAAAAGGAAGGUUAAUUUUUUUCACCAGCUUCAGUAUUAUGAAAUGGUUCACCGUUGUUCUUUGAAGCAUCCGUGUCAGUAUUAAGACUUAUAGGCAACAGUUCCUUAGUUUACAUUAUGUUGUGCAAUGUUUUCUCAGUUUCUUUUCUUUUAACUUUGUCAGUAUUACACCAAACCAUUUUUUUUGGAAACAACAAAUUGCAUUCAUUUUAUUUGUAGGUUGAAAAAAAAAAACAUUAUUUAUGUGGCCCAUUUUAUAUUUCCUAAUUUUAUUUAUUUCAUACUGUUGUGUACAGUACUAUAGUUCUUCAAUAUAUAGAUAUAUUUUAGUAAAAAGGAACAUGGUGUCGAUCAUAGGGGCAAAUUUUACGUAAAGAGAGCAUUUAUUGUGUUUUGAAACAUUGUGAAAUGCGAAGUUUAAUCUUAUUUUAUUUUAUUUCCUUUAUUUUCCAGUUACUGGAAAAUUCCAAAUUUGGGAACUUUUAUACAAUUGUGAAAACACUGUAUUUUCGACUGAAAAAAUUCCACUUUCUUCAUCUUUGUUUCUUUUUUUAAGCUAAAAAAAAUGAAGAGGGACUGUUAAAUACUAUGUAUGAUAUCAUGACUGAAGAAGAAUCUUUCCUGAAAUGUCUUUGUAAAAGUAUUAUUGAAUUCUUAAUUUGUAAUUUCUCUUGAAAAUGACCCUGCUCGAAUAAAAGUAGCCAAAUUACG